CAGAGGAGGUGCGGGACUGGGCGGAGCCAGGCAUCGCUCCCCGACGGGAAGGGAAGCGGCUGCAGCCGUCGCUGAGCGCUGCUGCGCCUCCGGGGCGCGGCCGGUCUUCUUCCCUCGGAGCCGGGCGCGCCUGGCCGCCAUGAGCUGGGACUUUCUGCUCACGCUGCUGGCGCUGUUCGCGCUCCUGGCGUUCGUGGUGCUGCUGCUGCGCUUUCUGCGGGCUGAUGGCGACCUGACCCUGCUGUGGGCCGAGUGGCAGGGGCGACGUCCAGAAUGGGAGCUGACUGACAUGGUGGUGUGGGUGACUGGAGCAUCGAGUGGGAUUGGUGAGGAGCUGGCUUACCAGCUGUCUAAACUAGGAGUGUCCUUGGUGCUGUCCGCCAGAAGAGUGCAGGAGCUGGAAAGGGUGAAAGAAAGGUGCCUUGAGAAUGGCAAUUUAAAAGGAAAAGAUAUACUUGUUUUGCCCCUUGACCUGACUGAUGUAAGUUCCCACGAAGCGGCUACCAAAACCGUUCUCCAGGAGUUUGGUAAAAUCGACAUUCUGGUCAACAAUGGUGGAAGAUCCCAGCGUUCUCUCUUUGUGGAAACCAGCCUGGAUGUCUACAAGGAGCUCAUAAUGCUUAACUACUUAGGGACAGUGUCCUUGACAAUGCGCGUUCUGCCUCACAUGAUCGAGAGGAAGCAAGGAAAGAUCGUUACUGUGAAUAGCUUCACGGGUAUCAUGUCUGUGCCGGUUUCUAGUGGAUACUGUGCCAGCAAACAUGCUCUUCGGGGUUUUUUUAAUAGCCUUCGAGCUGAACUUGUCGAAUACCCAGGUAUAAUAGUGUCUAACAUUUUCCCAGGACCUGUGCAAUCAAAUAUUGUGAAGAAUGCCCUAAGUAAUGAUGUCACAAAGUCUGUAGGUAGCGACCCAGACCAGCCCAACAAGAUGGCCACCAGCCGUUGUGUGCGGCUGAUGCUGGUCAGCAUGGCCAAUGACCUGAAAGAAGUUUGGAUUGGAGAGCAGCCUUUUCUGUCAAUGGCAUAUUUGUGGCAAUAUAUGCCAACCUGGGGCAUAUGGCUAAUGAACAUACUGGGGAAGAAAAUCAUUGCGAACUUUAAGGGUGGUCUGGGCACAUUUUCUCUUAACACCCGGAAGACAAAACAUGACUGACGGGUACUUGCAUUUUCAAGCCACUGGAGGAAGAACCGGAAAACGUGAAAACAGCCACCUUCUCUUGCACAGAAGAAUAACUUGUGAUUUUACUUCUUAAUAGAUACCACUUUUUUUCAACAUGUAAUAAACAAAUAAAACAGCAACAAAUAAAUCAAACAAAUAAAAGAUUGCCAUGAAUCUUGCAAUAAAGAGUAAUACAUACUACAUUCUUGAAAAAAAAAGCAUUUUAAUAUACUCUAUCAUUUAUCCUUAAAAUCUAGGUUAGCAGAAUGGUAAUCAAACAAUUACAGUAAUCCAUGUAAUGUAAAUAUAUGGAAUAUUACACAAUGCUGAGUGCUGAGUAAUGAGCAGAUAUAAACACCUGUUAUAUGUCAUUUGCUGUACUGAGGUGUUUUGUGUUAAUUCAUAUAAUACAAACUAAGAUAGGUGGUCAUAUCCACCUUUAUAGAUUAAAAAUGAGGUGCCCAAAGCAAGUAGGUGUUGCUUUCCCAAGGUCACAGGGCUAGUAAAGGGUAAAGUCAAGAUUAAACACCAGGAAGACUCCAUUGGCAACUCCUUAUUCUAAUUUUACUUUAAUUUUUAGCACCUUGCAGCAGAGAACGUGCAUAGACCACAAGAGAAAAGCUUCACAGAAGAAAACCGUGGUUCUUUAUAAGCAUUGCACAGUUUAUCUAUAGGCAAGGUAAUGUACAUAACUGUAGAAUUGUUGAGAAGGUUGGAGGCCACCCUGGCGGCUACCCUGGGGAAAGGGGAAAGGUGAUGUGUGGUGAAGGUGCACCAUGGGCACAGCAAGUAAGAGUGAUGUGAUAAAUGCACACACAGUGAUGCGGAUGUGUCUUAGAAGCUUGGUGAUGCAUGACUAAAAUGAAAACUGUAAUAACUGUGCUAAUACAUGCUGAAAUCUAUGUGCCUAGAAGGUAGUGCUCAUUUUGUAAGACUACAAUGAAGGGAUAAACAUUUAGAUGUAUUAUAAUGGUUGCUCAGGAUGGGGGAAGAAUGGGCGUGUAGUACGGGGCUAAAAUAUAAUGAGGGAGGGCUGUUGUACCACCGGCGGUGAAAACUGACUAAUCAGCACUGUGCCUGGGGUAAAAACAAAAGGUGGAUUGUUGGAACAACUCUAGGAUGCUACAGAGUAACACCACGUGGCAUGGUACAGACUAAGUGCGAGUUCAGAAAAGGGUAAGAUUUGCAGAUAGGUUAGUGUUGAAGCUCCUUGUUUUGUUAAAAAAAUUUUUUUUUAUAGAGAGAGGGGGAGUGAGAAAGGGAAAUAUCGAUGUGAGAGGCACAUUGAUUAGCUGCCUUCUGUACACACCCAGACCAAGGAUUGAACCCAUAACCUAGGCACAUGCCCUGACUGGUAAUUGAACCCAUGGCCUUUUGGCUUGUGGGAAGAUGCCCAAUGGAGUCACGCUGGCCAGGGCACUGUGGAAGCUCGCUGUAGAGAAGGUGUGACUUGAACUGAGCCUUGAAAGGGUGCACUUUAAGAGAGGCUUCAGGAGAUCACGAUCCAGGUCAAGCUUGUUUUACUUGGCAUUGAACCUACAGUGGUUGGCAUUGUGCUUGUCCAUGUUCAGGGUUUGUUGUGAGUAUGUUGGCUAGGCAUUCUUUUUUUUCUAAUCCUCAGUCGAGAACAUUAUUUUCAUUGCUUUUUUAGAGAGAGAAGGGAGGGAGAGAAACAUUGAUGUGAGAGAGAAGCAUUGACUGCCUCCCAUACACACCCAGGCUGGGGACUGGACAUGGAUCUUACGUGCCUGGACUGGGGAUUGGAACCUGCAACCUAGGCAUGUGCCCUACUGGGAAUCGGUCCCACAAUCCUUUAGUUACAGGAUGACACUCCAACUGAGCCACACCAGCCAGGUCAGCGAGGCAUUCUUUGCCUCCAGAAUGUCAUGUAUGAAAAACUCAGACUGAAAUUAGCAUGGUAUGAGGAUAAAUGAAUUCAGUGUGCUUAAUUACACCAGCCAACGAAUGGUAGCAAAGGUAUAAUUUUAAACGAUUUUUAGAAUUUCAUCUAUGGUGUUUUUUAUAGCAUGUAAUUAAUAUCUAUAUGAGCCCUCUGUCAUUCUUGGGCUAUUUUGGCAGCAGCCCAAGAUGGAAAGGUAGAUUUUUGUCAAAGUUCAUUUUUUCAAAUAUAGUCAAGAAAAGUGAAACAAAGUGUUCAUAUAUUGACUUUAAGAAAAGUAUUAUUUUGCGCUGACAUCUCAUUUCCUGAUUAUUAUCUCCAGUGGCCCUUUGAAAUAGGAAGGAGAUGGUAUGUUCCAUUCUACCAGUGCUGAAAGUGAGGCAUAAAUGGGUUUGUGCAAGAGGAUGGCUGGUGAGUUGGUAGAAAAGUCACCAGGAGAAGCUAUGGCUUUAGGGUGUGUCUGCUAUAGUACUGGGUGCACAAAUAAAAUCACAUGAGACCUUAGUUACAGUCAAUUAUUGAUAGGCAGAUUUAAUAAACAUCCUAUUAUUUUUAACACAUUUACUGAAAUAUAGUUGAUGCACAAUAAAUUGCAUAUGCAAAGUCUGUCCAGGAGAUAUCCAGCCAUGUAAUAUGAAAAACAGAGAUAUUUACUGAAGAAGAUACAAGAAACAUUGUACAUAGGACAAUUGACCUUUUAGUCCCCUUCAAAGUAGGCAUCUUGGGACCUCACAGUUUCCCAAUUGCCAUCAGCUACUCCACUGUAUUUUCCUGAGUCUCGCUGACAGUGUGAAAUCUGUUCUCUUUCAAAGGUGAUUUUAGUGGUUUGGGGAAAGCCAGAAGUUGCAGGGUGCCGGAUGUGGACUGGAGGGGGGUUGAGUCACCUGAGUAACUUGAUGUUUUGCCAAAAAACUGCAUGAGAAGUGAUGUCGUGAUGAAGCUGCCAAUCACAGUUACCAAUAGCUGUGGCCUUCUGAAUCACUGAAAUAGUUUCUAGAGAGGAAUGUCCAAGCUUAAUGCAAAAUUUGAUGCAGAUUUGUUGCUCUAGCUGCUCAGUGAUUUUGAAUGGGACGACCACACAGUACACAUGCUCACAUAAUGUCAUCUACUGCUCCCACAGACUAGUACAGUGAAAUCAUUGUUCACACGUGUGCAUUCCAGUCCACUCUCCUUGGCUGUCAGGUUACAUCAAUGUCAUACAAACUGUUACAUUAACAAUGGCUGGACUUUUUCUGGACAGAUCUCAUAUUUUAAGUGUACAAUUUGAUAAAUUUUAUCUUUCUCCUUCGCCUAUUACACUUUCCUCCUCAGCUUAGUAAUUGCAUUCUUUUUCUAUUUUUUAGUGGUUAUCCUAUAGGUGAUACAGCAAAAUCUAAUUACUUGGUACUUUAAAGUUAUUUCUGGAUAAUACAAGGAUAUAAACUCUUUUAACUGUUAAUUCCUGCACCAGCUAAUAUACUGCUAUUGUUAUAUAUUUUGACAUUUAUUUUAACCUCAAACUAUUUUAUACCAUCAUCAAUAUACAACUAACCAUAUAUUUAUCUUCUUUAUUACUGUUCUUGCUUUCCUGUAUCUCUGACCUACUUCAGGAUCCUUUUUCUUCUGAAAAUAUAUUUCCUUUUAUGAGAAUCUGCUAUUGAACAUAUUGUGUUUGAAAGUGUCUUUCUCUUCAUCCUUAAAGAGUUGUUUUCUGCGAAAGGCUGAGUAUAAUGUCUGUUUGAAGUUACUGUCUUUUAGCAAAUUUAAGUUAUUCCACUGAUUUCUGGUUUCCACAUUUUCUAUUGAGAAGUUGUCAGUUUGCUAAUAUUGCUGUUGUUUUGAUAGCAACGUCUGUUAUGUCCUUCUGGCUGGUUUUAUGAUUUCCUUUUUAUAUAUUUUUUCUUAUGAUGUGCUGGGGUGUGGUUUUAUGUAUCGUGCUUUGGUAUUACAGGGAUUGAUGGCUCUUAACAAUAUGAUAAAUUCUCAAGUCAUUAUCUCCUAAAAUGUUGCUCUGGCUAGAUUUGCCUCUCCCGGAAUUUCAGUGACUUGUAUGUCAAAUCUUAUGGCAACCCUAUGUCUCUUAAUCCUUUCAUUGUAUUUUCCAUUCUUUUGUGUCAUUUUUCAUAUCAGUUACUGGGUUGGCCAAAAAGUCCAUUUAGUUUUUUCCAUAAAAUAAAAGACACAUUUUCCAUUUUCACCAAUAACUUUAUUGAUUUGGAUUUUGAGUAUGUCGGCUAUUACUUGCUAUUGCCUUCUAGUGGGUAGAGGCCAGGGUGCUGCUAAACAUCUUCCAAUGCAUAAGAAAGCCCCACAGCAAAGGAUUAUUGGGCCAAAAUGUCAACAGUACCAAGAAACUUCACAAACCACUUAUGACCUGGUCAGUCACAGCACCUUCUCCAUAAAUUGCACAAAUCAUUUUUUGCAUUUCAGUUGUUUUUAUCCUUCUUGAAACAAUAAAAUAUGGUAUGUUCAAAAUGUUGCAUGUAUCUCUCAUCUUCAAUGGUAAAAUGGCUGCACAAAAAUUCAGCAAUUUUGAUGUUUAAAAAUGCACACUGUUAUGACAGUUGUCACAUACAAUCUAACAAAAUUGUUUUGAAUGAAGUUAAAGACAACUAAGCACUACUAGAGUCACUGUUUGGAAAAAACAAAAAAACUUUUUGACCAAGCCAAUAUUUACUUCUGACCUAACUUCUAGUUCACUAAUUCAUACUUUAGGUGUGUCCAAUUUCUAUCAAGUAUAUUCACUGAGUUCGUAAACUUGAUUAAUGUAUUUUUCAUUUUGGGACUUGUCAAUUCUUCUGUACUAUUUCUAAUUUUCUGCAGAAACUUUAAGUCUUGUGUUCUAUAUCUUUGUACCAAACAUCAUAAUUACCAAGCCUGUGUUUAAAAACUCAUUAUCUGGAUAAUGACCCCUGUGGGUCUGUUCAUAUUGUCUAUCAUUUCUCUUUGGUUUUGAUUACGUUGUCUUACCUCCUCAGGUGCUUUAGAUUGUCUAAUACUAAAUAUGAAAAAUGAUAAAAAAUAACUCGAAAGGUCAGUCCAGAGAACAUUUACAUUUGCUCUGGGUAGUGGCUAGCUUUGCUAUAUAUAAUCCAGGGUCACCUUAGUCCAGUUUUAGGGAUUGCAAAGACUCAAAUAGCAUCUAUUUUUUGCUCCCCCUUAAAAUUAGGAUGUAGUCCUUGAGGUCCCAAUCCAAAGUGUGGUCAGUUACUAAAGUCCCUCCCUCCUUCGUAGAAGAAUCUUGGACUCCAAUUUUUCUCUCUCUAACUCUGAAUUAAGGCUAUAAAAUUGUUUAGCUUCUCAGGCUCUCAACCAUUUCCUCCUAAAUGGCAAAUGCUCCUAGAAAAAAAAGCACCCCAAAUGCUGAGCUCAGGUCUCUAAAUUUUAUUCUUUGGAUCUUGUUGAUGGAAUUCUUCAUUAUCUUCAUAGUUCUCUGAUACCUUUAAGUAGGUUUUAAAAUGUUACUUUGCCCAGUUUGGCUAGUUGUUUUUUUUGUGAGAUCAUUGCUGUGAAUUACCUUCUACUAAAGUAGAAGUCAGAAAAGCAGGUUUUUAGGGAAAUUCAGUAAGGUCCCUUUUGAAUACAUCAGAAAGGAAAAAAAUUUACUUAUAUGUGAUCAGUGCUAAGGAGAGAGGUUGAGGGGGGUAUAUAUGGAAUGGUUGCAGUUGUUCACAACAGUAACACAAUAAUAAACUCUGUUUUGCAUACUCGCAACAAUAAACACACAGGGGAUUACACUGUUCAUGGCAGGUGUGUCAAACUCAUUUUCACCAGGGGUCACAUCAGCCUUGCAGUUGCCUUCAAAGGGCCGAAUGUAAUUUCAACUCCUUUACAGUUAAGGAGUAGUUACAUUUAUACAGUCCUAAAAUUAUUUCGCCCCUUUGAAGGCAACUGUGAGGCUGAUGUGGCCCCUGGUGAAAAUAAGUUUGACACCCCUGGUCUAUGGUGACUACACAUUAAGAAGAGGGGGCCUGGAACCAAUUGGUGAGAAGUUCCAAAAUUUAGAGGUCUGCUAGAAAAAGGAAAGCAGCAAAAGAGAGCAAGCAGUCAGGGAGACAGGAAGAAAACAAAGAUGAUGUGGUAUCAUGGGGGCCCCGAAAGAAAAAGUAAAUGUAAUGCAAGGAGGGCUCAGAUGUGUCAAAAGCUACUUAGAGGGCAAAUAAGAUGAGAACGUGGAAGUGACUAGUUGAUUUGAUAAUCUGAAGGCAAAUAGUGACCUUAGUUAAAGCUGUCUUUGGGGAAAUAGAAAUGGAAUCCAGACUGAAAUGGUUUUGUAGUGGGGUGCAUAGUGAGGGUCCCCUAAAAUAGGAGAAAACCCCCUACCACCCUUCACCUGGGGCAAGGAAGAAGUGGAUGAUACGUUUAAGAUACUUUGGAUAACAAUGGCAAGUCCAUAGUGGUCCCUUUCUUAAAUGGUAAGAGCUUAUAGUGACUUGUGACAUAACCAGGGAAGGUGGAUGCCCACCCCAGAUGUCUGUGCAUCACAGGGAACUCUUGCCCUGAGUAAAGAUGGCAGGUGAAAGAAGGUGGAAGAUACCGGGGAACUGGCAAAAGUGGCACAUCACAGGAGAGGCCAGACAUGAAGUCACACAGGAAGUUCUCUGCCAAGCAUUUAUGAUAAGGGCAGGCUGAAAGAGAAGGGGUCUGGCCCACCAUGAGGCCUGGAGAUGCCGUAAGGACUGAGGAAGAGCAAGCUACACGGCUUGGGGUAAGAAAGAGACCUGCUGGGAAGCUUGCCUGAAGAUGGUGGCAGAGCCGAUGGAGCCAUGCAGGGGCCUGACUAAACAAGCAUAUAUUCGUGGGAGAUGCUUGGAGCUGGACCGUGACUGGGAUUGCUGAGCUACUUCUGCUUCCACUCUCUUGGGAUUUGUGCCUCCUUGGACUCCACCAUGACCCAGUGUAACGGGCACAUGUUUCCCAGAACCACUACAUGGAGGGUGAGAAGACUGUACCCUAUAUCCUGAACGAGAGCUGCCGUGGAGAGGAUGGCAACUCUGAAACCCACGAAGGGACGGAGACAUGUCUGUGCAGCCGGCUUAAGAACAGAUGAGGGACGUGGGGAACUGCUGGGCAUGCUUUUGCUUCCGACCUGGUGGGGAGCACGGCAAGUGCUGGGUUUCGUGGGAGAACAGGACUCUGAGCAGGGGUGCUCUCGGCCCCCUCAGAGGCUGGAAAGCAGUUAAUAAAAACCUGUUUCUUUCAACGCUAA